AGAGAGAGAGAAAGAGACAGAGGAGAGAGACAGAGAGAGAGAGAGAGAGAGAGAGAGAGAGAGAGAGAGAGAGAGAGAAAGAGGAUCAUGGCUGAUGUCCCUCAAUCAUCUUUGGGAUUGCUUGUGACCGUUUUGUACCUGCUAUCAGGUAAGACAGAGGAGAGAGAGUAAGAAUAUGUCAUUAGAGAUCAUAGAACACAUUUAUUUCACACGGCCAAACUAGUUCAGUUUACAAUUGACUAAUAUUAUGAUGACAUUUCUUUUGUGUAUCUGUUUACUCUUAUCUUCACUAUUGUAUAAUAGACAGUAUAUUACACUAUUAUUCACACUGAAGAAUAUCAAUAAGAAAACCUAUGAAAUAUAAUGUCAUCUGUAUUACCAGUUAAUAAUUAUCUGAUGUCAUACUCCUUCCAGGUGUCAGUGGAGAAACUCUCUCUAUGUUCUCCAGAGUGGGAGAUGAUGUCAGUCUGCCGUGUAACAAUGUGAUUUAUCCAAACUGUUCCUCAACUGUAUGGAUCUAUAACAGAGAUGGAUCUACUGGUACUAUUGAAGUGGUCACAUUGGGAAAGAUCAAAGUUGACCAGACAGAGAGACUGAGUUUAGGGUCUAACUGUUCUCUACAUGUUAGUGAUGUCAGAGCUGAGGAUGCUGGACUCUACAUCUGUCAACAGUACCUUACAAAGACUGGACCACAACAUGGAGGUGAUGCUCCUGUUGAUCUGUCUGUUCUAACUAUCUCCUCUACCACACCAGUGACAGAUCUGAAGCCUAAUGUAAAUAUGACAUUACAGUGUUCUCUGCUCACCUAUACGCAACAUGAAACGUGCCGGUCAAGAUUUAGUCUCAGCUGGGACCCUAAAACAGGUACUAAUGCCCAGGACACACAGGAUUCUUCCUGUGACAUCACUCUGACUGUGACACUCCAGAAGAAGGACAACAACAGGAAGUGGACGUGCACGCUGACUGAAAAGGGAAACAUGAAGAUCUCCAUUGACUUCACCUCCAUGUUCUCAGGCUCUCAGAACCUCUUCCUCACGGUGACUGUAGGAUUGGCUGUGGCAGCAGCGGUGUGUGUCACUGCUGUUGUCAUCAUAGUACGCAGGAGGAGAGACAAGAAUCAAGUGCCAACUGAUAACAGCAUUGGUCUGAAUGCAGUAAACCACUCCACCCCACCAACCAAUGAGGACCAGGUUGAGGACCAGAGUCAACCUGCUGACAGAAUCACCUAUGCCUCCAUUGACCACUUCAAUCAAAAUCCCCCUCAUAGAGUUAACGCCAACAGUAAAGAUGCAGUGAUGUAUGCCUCAGUUAUGCCCUCUUCUGGCAGAGGGAGAGAGACAGAGAACCCUGCUGACCCUAGCUCCCUCUACUCCACUGUCAAGUAACCUGUAACAAUCUGCACUAGUUACAUCCAUUUCUGGACAUAUUAAAUAAUGAUAUGCACCCAUUGACUCUAGAAAAAUAAAACGUAGAAAUGCCUCAUGAGUUUAGUUAAACUGUCAUAACCCAUCAGAACCCAAAAUAUAUGCUUGUUUUACUCCAAUGUUUAUAAUCAAAUUAAAUGUAAACA